GUGUUGUUGAUUGUUGUAUUUGUUUGCUAGUUUGAAUUUUAAACUGAAACUAUUUCCUACUUCAAUGACUAUUAAAACAUUACUUUUGUUAGUUUCAAGUAGUUUAUUGAACAAAUCAAGCACAGCUAUGAUUGCGACGCACGUUAAGUGCCGCGGUGGAGUGUAUCCUCGAUCCACUAUUCAACGAGUGCCGGUGGCUGACGAUGAAGUAAGCUGGUCCACGGAGGUCAAGGAAUAUGACCCGCCUGACUACACAGCGCAAUCUGUGAUCGGGAAACCGUGGGCCGAUCUAGAUAUCGCUGACCCCAACUUCAAACCAAAAUGGAACAGCAUAGAUGGCAAUGUAAGCAGAGUCAGCUACCUCGGAGACUACUCAAUUGUUAAUGGUAGGCCAUUAAAUCCGAUGGGCAGAACAGGAAUAAAGGGCCGUGGUGUGCUUGGACGCUGGGGGCCUAAUCAUGCUGCUGACCCAGUUGUCACUCGGUGGAAGAAAACUGAUGGAGAAAUCAGCAUUGAAGAAAAUAGUAGCAGACCAAUACUCCAGUUCGUGGCUAUAAAGCGUCGCGACACGGGCGAGUGGGCGCUGCCGGGCGGCAUGGUGGACCCGGGCGAGCGGGUCAGCGCUGCCGCCGCCAGGGAGUUCCAAGAGGAAGCCACCAACUCACUACUUAUGAGCCAAGCCGAAAAGGAAGCAUGGCAAGCAAAGUUCAACAAAUUCUUCUCUGGUGGUGACAUAAUAUACAAGGGCUACGUGGACGAUCCUCGGAACACAGACAACUCGUGGAUGGAGACAGUCGCAUACAGUUUCCACGACGAGAGUGGCGACACGGUGGGGGCGCUUCAGCUGCAUGCAGGUGAUGAUGCUGUUGGCGUGCGCUGGAUCGACCUGGACCGGCAAGUGCAACUGUAUGCCAGCCACCAAGCCAUUGUGAAAGCUGUAGCCGAGAAACUUAAUGCUCAUUAUUGAACCUCUGGCUCAGCUGGCCUCAUGAUGGUAUCCUCU